GGGAAGGCCGUCUUUUGGUGCAGCUAUAUCGCUACCGGAGUCCAACAAUUUUCUUCUUUCGGUAGCAAGUCGAAAUCGUGCAAGAUGGUGUUGAAGGCUGUUUGUGUUCUUAAAGGCACUGGGGAAGUCACUGGAACAGUGUACUUUGAGCAGCAGAGUGAAUCUGCCCCCGUGAAGCUGACAGGAGAAAUCACAGGCCUCAGCGCAGGAGACCAUGGCUUCCACGUCCAUGCCUUUGGAGACAACACAAAUGGCUGCAUUAGUGCUGGCCCACACUUCAACCCACACAACAAGACUCAUGGUGGACCCACUGACGAAGUCAGGCACGUUGGGGACCUGGGCAAUGUGACAGCAGGGUCUGAUAAUGUAGCCAAAAUCAACAUUGAGGACAAAAUUAUAUCCCUGGCUGGUCCACAAUCAAUCAUUGGCCGAACAAUGGUGGUCCAUGAGAAGGCCGAUGACUUGGGCAGAGGUGGCAACGAGGAAAGUCUCAAAACUGGCAACGCAGGGGGCCGUCUGGCCUGCGGCGUUAUCGGCAUCGCAGAAAUCAAAUAACUGGAACCACCUGAGUAGAGUAGUAGGUGACCGGUAAGGGUGCCCCAGCGUCAGGAAGCUCUUUGAAGAUAGAUAGUUUUAUUUUUGCAAAUAUUAAGAUGUUCAGUAAAAGAGACACUAGCUAAUCUGUGCUGUCUUCUGACCAAAAAUAUACAUGGUGUAUUAAUCUGUAAUAUGUGUAUGUCAGUCAGCUAUUCCUCACUACACCUGGUAAUCGGCAUCCUUGGAAUGAUUUAUAUUUUGUUCAUCCAGCACCUGUUCACCAAAUAAAACGCACUGGUUACAAGCUUGUAA